AUGGGUGGGCGUGUGGCGUGCGUCUGUGCGUGUGUGCGUCGGUUUGUCGGUCUGUCAGCGGGCUCGACAGGCGGCGGCGCGUCGAGUUCCGCAGGGGGUCACAGGCGAAUCGAUCGAUGUGACCCCUUUGCUCUGCCGGCGCAGGAACACACGUGCACACACGUGCGCACAGGUGCGCACCGGGAUGGCGAGGGACUGUGGUCGAAUUGGACCAAUGGCGAGGCGCGGAGGCCGGCGACCGGCGACAGUCGUGCCGUCGCCCGGUUGGCCGGUUGGCCGGGACCGGGCCGGGACAGGCGGACUGGCGGCCAGCGCUCGUCUAUGACCGAGUGGCCAGUCCGCCUCGCAGUGGCCCAUUCACGCGUCGCCAGUGCACAUCUUGCCCGUCUGUGCGGCUCUCUGUGUGCCGCCCACCUGUGUCCGCGUGUCGGUGAACACAGCCGGCUCGCCGGCCAGACCGGAGCCCGAGCAGAGGCCAGAUUGUCUCUGCUCUUGGCUCUCCUUUCGCCUCUUCCUGCUUCGGCCGACUUGGCUCGCCUCCACUCGCCCAGACGACACCGCCGCCACGAGCCAACUCGCCAACUCGCCAACUCGACACCAACAACCUCAUCCUCCUCCUCCUCCUCUUCCUCCUCCUCGUCCUCGUCCUCCUGCUCAUCCCCGCUCGUCAUGUCCGCCUCGCAAGGCCUCGUCUACUACUCCUCCGGCGGCCUGCCGCAAUCCGCCUCGCAACCGUCGCAACCGUCGCCAGCGUCGCCGGCUUCGCAACCGUCGGCUCCGGCCACCUUUUACGCCCAACCGAUGGCGCAAGCCUCGACCAAAGUCGUCAACAUGUCCCGUGCUCAGAUCAACUUGGGCCCGCCGAGCCAAUGCGCCAACGGCACGGCCGGCGGCGGCGGCGGCGGCGGCGGCGGCGGCGGCGAGCAAUGGUCACCGACGCCCGCCUAUCAAGUCUACUCGGUCGGGUCGGGCCAAGCCGGACAAACUGGCCAAUCCGGUCACGUGCAGGCCUUCUACAGUCCCGGCCAGCCGAGCGCCGCUCCCGUCUACGCCUAUUCUUCCUCCGGCGGCGUCGGAGCGCCUCAGAUUUUCACCGUCGGCACCUCACAACCCCUCCAACCACAACAAUCCCAACAAUCCCAACAACAACAA